AUGGCCGACACGGGAGAGGGCGAUGACGAAUUCCACUUUCUACGAACAGGAGAUGAGGUCGUUUUGCAGAGUACCUUCACCUCCCUGGAGGAACAUGUGAAAAUCUGUCUUGGAGCCGAAGGAUUUGGCAGCAGACUCUGCAGGCUUGAGCCCACUUCUAACUGCAAGAAUGUGCCACCAGACUUGUCCGUGUGCGGCUUCGUCAUGGCCCAGUGUCUGUCUGUUCGGGCCCUGCAGGAGAUGCUUGCCCAGAGUGAGCACCUGGCUGCAGAGGGGGAAGCUGGAGGAAGCCAUCGCACCCUUCUGUAUGGCCAGGCCGUAUUGUUCCUGCACUCGCACAGUGGCAUGUAUCUCAGCUGCUUGUCCUCAUCUCACGCGUCUACAGACAAGCUGGCAUUCGAUGUCGGCCUGCAAGAGGACAAAGCAGGUGAGGCUUGUUGGUGGACGGUCCACCCAGCGUCCAGACAGAGGUCAGAAGGGGAGAAAGUCCGUGUUGGGGAUGACCUCAUACUGGUCAAUGUUUCCUCGGAGCGAUAUCUGCACCUGUCCUUCGGCACUGCACUGGACAUGAAGAGCUUGAGUGAAAGCCUGAUUGUUAAUGCCGCCUUCCAGCAGACCCUCUGGAGUGUUGCUCCCAUCUGCUCUGGAAGUGGAGUUGCUCAAGGAUACCUGAGGGGAGACGACACAUUGCGGCUGCUCCACAGCCACAGCGAUGCAUGUCUGACUAUUCCGUCCACACAGCAGGGGGAGGAACUGCAGAGGAUAAUGCAUUACGAGACCGGAUCAGUUUCCAGCCAUGCCCGCUCCCUCUGGAGGCUGGAGAUCCUUCGUGUUGUUUGGAGUGGCAGACAUGCAUCCUGGGGGCAGCCUUUCCGCCUGUGCCAUGUGACCACCGGGAGGUACCUGGGACUCACAGAGGAGAAGGGCCUGUAUCUGGUCGACCGAGACAAGGCCGAUGUCGACACAACCUCCUUCUGCUUUCGAUCAUCAAAGGAGAAGCUUGACUCUUGCACAAAGACUCAUGUUGACGGCAUGGGGGUCCCAGAGAUCAAAUACGGAGACUCCAUCUGUUAUGUUCAGCAUGUAGAGUCCGGGCUCUGGCUCACCUACCAAGCUGUUGAUGCCCAAUCUACACUCAUGGGAUGGGCUCAGCGAAAGGCCAUUUUGCACAGCGAGGGUCACAUGGACGACGGGCUUUCGCUGUCUCGUUGUCAGAGGGAAGAGUCUCACACUGCCAGACUGAUCCGGAGUGCCACUCUACUCUUCACUUGCUUCAUUAGGAAAUUGGAUUGUUUGAUACAGGAAGGAAACCUCCCAUCUGUCAGCCCGCCGAUGGAGAUAGUGGCAUGUAGUCUGAAGGAUCUAAUACACUACUUUCUGCCUCUGGAGGGGUUGAGCCAUGAAGCUAAACAGAACAACAUGACAGCACUAAAGAAUCGGCAAAACAUGUUUCAGGAAGAGGGAGUGAUAGAUUUGGUCCUAGAUUGUAUUGACCGUCUACACCAAUAUAGUAGUGGCUCUCAUUUUGCUGCUCACAAUGACGCACAACAAGAGUGGGUGCGCAUCCUCAACAAUUUCUAUGAGCUCCUGGCUGCGCUGAUCCGGGGAAACCGUCGGAGCUGUGCACAUUUCUCAGCUUCUCUGGACUGGCUGAUUAGCAGGCUGGACCGUCUAGAGGCCUCUUGUGGAGUCCUAGAGGUUCUCCACUGUGUCCUAGUGGAAAGUCCUGAAGCUCUCAAUGUCAUCAAAGAAGGACACAUUCUUUCUAUCAUCUCUUUUCUAGACAAGCACGGAUGCAACCACAAGGUGCUGGAGGUGCUGUGCUCGCUCUGCGUGUGUCACGGUGUAGCUGUGCGAUCCAAUCAGAACCUCAUCUGUGACAACCUGCUGCCAGACAGAGACUUACUGCUCCAAACACGUCUGGCUAAUCAGGUCACCAGCAUGAGACCAAACAUCUUUUUGGCUCUGGGAGAAGAAUCGGCCCAGCAUCGUAGGUGGUACUAUGAGCUGGUUGUAGACCAUGUUGACUCCUUCCUCACAUCCGAGCCCACCCACCUGCGCAUCGGCUGGGCUCGCUCCGAGGGCUACCUGCCCCGGCCCACCGGAGGGGAAGGCUGGGGGGGGAACGGAGUGGGAGACGACCUCUGCUCGUAUGGCUUUGAUGGGCUUCACCUCUGGUCGGGCUUCGUGGGCCGCAGGGUGAACUCUCCCUUCCCUCACCUGCUGAAAGACGACGAUGUGGUGAGCUGUUGUCUGGACCUCAGUGCUCUCUGCAUCUCCUUCCGAGUCAACGGACUCCCCGUGCAGGGCAUGUUGGAGAACUUCAGCGCCGAUGGACUUCUUCAUCCUGUGGUCAGCUUCUCUGCAGGAGUCAAGGUUCGCUUUCUGUUCGGAGGAAAGCACGGAGAGUUUCGCUUCCUGCCCCCACCGGGUUUCGCUCCGUGCUCUGACGCUCUACUGCCGGGGGUCGAGCUGAAGGUGGGGCCAUGUCAGAAAUACAUUUUGGCUUGCGGGGAGGGGAAACAAGAGCUCAUUGGCCCCUUAGUACCUGCGACUCCAUUGACCUUCACUCCCACACCGGUAGACAUCAGCGAGGUGGUCCUGCCCCCACAACUUGAGGAUAUCAGUGAAAAAAUGGCUGAGAAUAUCCAUGAACUCUGGGCAAUGGAUAGAAUUGAUCUUGGAUGGACCCAUGGGCUUGUGAAAGAUGAAGUUAAGAAGCAUAACACAUGUCUGGUGGAGUUCUCCAAGCUGUCGGAGCAGGAGAAGAACCAAAACCUUCAAAUGAGUCAGGACACCCUCAAGACUCUCCUUGCCCUUGGUUUCCACAUUGGUCUGACUGAUGACCACGCUGAGGAGAGAAUAAAAUACAUGAGACUAUCCAACAAGUAUGAGCAGCCCAAUGGCUACACACCGGCUCCAUUAGACCUGAGCCAGGUUUUCCUGAGCACAGCGCACAAGGAGGUGGUUAACUUGCUGGCAGAGAAUGAUCACAAUGUUUGGGCCAGAGAGCGCAUCAGGCAGGGAUGGACCUACGGAGCUCAACAGGAUGUGAAAGUGAAGCGCAGCCCGUACCUGGUGCCCUACAGCCUCCUUGAUGAAAGGAGAAGGAGAGCGGGCAGGGAGAGGGUUAGAGAGGCUGUCUGUCCUCUGCUGGCCUACGGUUACAGCUUGGAGCCUCUCAACCAGGACCGAAACACUCUAUCAGACACAUGUCUCUUCGCUGCUGAGAAGUACAGAGUGUUCAGACCAGACAAAUCGUACUCUGUGACCCAGGGGAAGUGGUACUUUGAACUCGAAAUAGUGACACCUGGUAAUAUCCGAGUGGGCUGGGCCCGACCAGGCUGCUCCCCAGAUAAAGAGCUCGGCUCAGAUGACCAGGCAUACGUCUUCGACGGAUUCGAGGCCCAGUGGCACCAUCGGGGCGUUGAGCCCCUGGGACGUCCGUGGCACAGAGGCGAUGUGGUGGGUUGCUUGGUGGACAUGGCCGAACGCACCAUGAUUGUCGCGCUCAAUGGCGAGGUGCUGUUCAACGGCCGAGGAUCAGAGCUUGCUGCCAAGGACUUCCAUAUCGCAGACGGCCUGUUGCCUGUGGUCAGUGUCGGGGUGAACCAGGUGGGACGGCUGAACCUGGGCCACCGAGUGGGCUCUCUGCGGUACUUUACCGUGUGCGGCCAGCAGGAGGGCUACAGACCAUUUGCCGUCAACAUGGCCAGAGACCCGGCCCUGUGGAUGAGUUGGAAACAGCCUCAGUUCACCUCCAUCGUGCCUGAUGAUCCAAACCUGCAGGUCACCAGAAUCAGUGGCUCCAAGGAUUCCUUAUCUAGCCUGAGGGUUUCUCAGCGGCUCUUUGCCCACCACGGGGGGGGCAGUGAGUUGGGCUUUUACCGGCUCAGCAUGUUCGUCGAGUGCGCCGCUGUUCUCAGCAGUCCUGCAGCGGCCGUGCUCCCCGUGGCCUCCAGCUCGCUCUCCCAAGGAAGGAAAGAGCCAGAGGAGGUGGACUCUGACUUUGAAGUGCUGAUGAAGUCGGCCCACAGCUUUGCUGGCUCAAGAGAUGAGCUCAACCAUAAGGAUCAUAGUCACGACAAAACGUCAAGAUUGAAACAACGGUUCAUGCUGAAGAGGACCAAACCAGAGCUAAUCAGCAGCAACUCAUCGGCACGGCUUCUCGAAGAUGUGGUUGUCGACAAGGAUCAGUGUGAUCACCUUCUCCAGAGCUCCAGAUAUAACUUCUCGGUGAGGGUUCUUCCAGGCCAGGAGCCGUUUGCCCUGUGGGCAGGCUGGGUGACCUCUGACUUCCACCAACACGACAUGACUUUUGACACGGACAGUGUCCUCACAGUGACUGUCACCCUUGGAGACGACAGUGGAAAAGUCCAGGAGAGUGUGAAGCGGUGUAACUGUUACAUGGUUUGUGCCGGAGAUGCAACGGGCCUGUCUCAGAGUCGCAGAAGCACAGGUUUGGAAAUUGGCUGUUUAAUUGACACAGCCACUGGGAUGCUCACCUUCACCUCCAGUGGAAUGGAGAUGGCCACCUUCUACCAAGUGGAAGCCGGUACAAAGCUGUUUCCGGCUGUCUUUGUCAAGCCCACGACGAGCAACAUGUUUCAGUUUGAACUGGGACACAAAAAGAAUGUGAUGCCGCUGUCGGCAGGUUUGCUCCGCAGGCAAAGAAGGAAUGCAACCCCUCAGUGUCCUCCGAGGCUUCAGGUCCAGCAUCUCACGCCGGUUUCAUGGAUCAGAGUACCAGACCGUGCGUUAGAGGUGAUGGUGGAUCGGCCGGACGAGCGCCGCGGCUGGAGAGUCCAAUGUCACGAGCCCUUACAGGUCAUGACCCUUCACGUUCCUGAUGAAAACAGGUGCGUCAACAUUUCGGAGCUGUCGGAGCACGGCGACCUCUUGAACUUCCACCACCACACUCUCCUCCUGUACUGCUCUUUGUGCGCCCUCGGAAACAGCAGAGUUUGCCACGCUCUCUGCAGCCACGUGGACCAAUCCCAGUUUGUUUAUGCCAUUAAGAAUCCCCACCUCCCUAGCCUCCUCCGCUCUGCAUUCUUUCAGCUCCUUAUUCAGGUUCACCUCAGCAGCCACACCACAGCAUGUCACAUGAUGAACCACGAAUACAUCGUGCCUAUGACUGACCAGACCAGAAAAAUCACCCUUUACCCCGGCCCUGCUGAUGGUGUCAAUGGGGUGAAAGGUCAACCUCCAGAAGCCGUAUCCUGCGCUGGUCUCAGCACAUCCCUUAAACCACAGAUGCACUUCUCGUCUCCUUGUUUCGUCAGGAGUGAUGGGAUGGAAGGAGAUGGUGCAGGGGAUGUAGCCUGCACAGACAGUCCAGAUAUCCCACUGGACAUGUUGAAGGACCUGACAGUGGAGAUGCUGACUGCGGGGGUAUGGGCUGUGGGUCAGGGUGUGAGGGACCCCAUAGGAGGCAGCAUUGAGCUUCUGCUGGUUCCCCUAAUUAAACUGUUCUACGUGCUACUGGUUUUGGGGGUGUUUGGAGAUGAAGACCUGGGGAAAGUUCUGAGACUGAUAGAGCCGGGAGUCUUCUCCAUAGAUGGCGGAACCACCGAGAAGGAAGAGGAGGAAGGAGCCAGUGAUGACGAAAAAGAAUACGACGGGUGCAACAAAAAAGAAGGUUACCCGCUUAAACGAGGACUCCUCCAAAUGAAGCUUCCCGAAGCUGUCAAACUUGAGCUCUGCCAUCUGCUGUCCUACCUGUGUGAUCGCCAGGUGCGCCACAGGGUGGAAGCUCUGGUUGCGUUUUCCGACGACUUUGUGGGUCGGCUGCAGGAGAACCAGCGCUUUCGCUAUAACCAGGUCAUGCGGGCGCUCAACAUGUCUGCCGCUCUCACUGCCCGCAAGACCAAGGAGUUCCGCUCGCCUACACAGGAGCAGAUCAACAUGCUGCUGAGCUUCACGGGGGGAAAGCAGCAGGAAAACUGUCCGUGUCCAGUAGAAAUCCAACAGCUCCUGAAGGACUUCCAUCGGCUUCUCAGCACUCACUGUGGCGUUGAACUGGACGGCGACUCAGAGGAUGAAGAGGAUGCAGAGAUGUCUCUCAAAGACCGUCUCUUCAGCCGUGUGGCGAGAGUCGUUGGACUGAUGAAGACACCGAUGGAAGUGGAAAGGAGUCGACCGCACAGCGCCAAGUCCCUCAAAGCGCUGAUCUCUGAGACGAUGGUGCGUUGGGCUCAGGAGGCUGAGAUGGAGGACCCUGAACUGGUUCGGGCUGUCUUCUCAUUGCUGCACCGCCAGUAUCAGGGCCUCGGGGGCCAAAUGGCAGAACACCUCAGCAGAGCCUAUACGAUCAGCCAGGCUGCGGUAGAAGACACCAUGGCUCUUCUGUCCUCGCUGAGCCAAAUCCGCUCCCUCCUCAGUGUCCGCAUGGGAAAAGAAGAGGAAUGGCUGAUGAUCAGAAGACUGGGAGACAUCAUGAAUAAUAAAAUUUUCUACCAGCACCCUAACUUAAUGAGGGCAUUGGGGAUACAUGAGACAGUCAUGGAGGUGAUGGUCAAUGUUCUUGGAGAAGGGGAAUCAAAGGAGAUUACCUUUCCGAAGAUGGUGGCCAGCUGCUGUCGAUUCCUGUGUUAUUUUUGCCGCAUCAGCCGCCACAAUCAGGGAGCCCUGUUUGACCACCUCAGUUAUCUGCUGGAAAACAGCAGUGUUGGUCUAGCUUCACCAGCCAUGCGGGGGGCCACUCCUCUGGAUGUGGCUGCAGCCUCUGUUAUGGAUAACAACGAACUGGCCUUAGCGCUGAGGGAACCGGACCUGGAGAAGGUGGUUCUGUACCUGGCUGGCUGCGGUCUCGAGAGCUGUCCGAUGCUGGUGGCUAAAGGCUAUCCUGACCUUGGAUGGAACCCUGUGGAGGGCGAGCGUUACCUGGAUUUUUUACGUUUCGCUGUCUUCUGCAAUGGUGAGAGUGUGGAGGAGAACGCUUACGUGGUGUUGAGGUUGCUGAUCCGUCGGCCGGAGUGCUUCGGCCCCGCCCUGCGAGGCGAUGAGGGAAAUGGCCUCCUAGCAGCCAUGGAGGAAGCCAUCAGGAUUGCUGAGGAUCCUUCUAUGGACGGACCUCGCUCCACCUCCCAGCCCAACAGAACACUAGAUGUUGUCCAGGACAAUGAUGAUGACCUCAUUCACAUGGGCCACGCCAUCAUGACCUUCUACUCAGCCCUCAUCGACAUGCUGGGACGCUGUGCUCCAGAAAUGCAUUUGAUUCAAGGGGGCAAAGGAGAAGCCAUCCGGAUUAGAGCGAUCCUGAGAUCCCUCGUCCCCAUUCAGGAUCUUCAGGGAGUCAUCAGCAUCUCCUUUCAAAUCCCUUCAGUGUCUGAAGAUGGUCUGGUGGUUGAGCCGGAUUUGUCCACAGUGUUCUGCCCAGAUCACAAGGCAGCUGUGGUUCUUUUCCUGGACCGGGUCUAUGGCAUUGAGCACCAGAACUUUCUCCUCCACCUGCUAGAAGUUGGUUUUCUGCCGGACCUUCGGGCAGCCGUCUCCCUCGACACCGCUGAAUUAGGCUCCACCGAUAUGGCCCUGGCCCUCAACAGAUACUUAUGUACAUCUGUUCUUCCCCUGCUCACCAAAUGCUCAGCGCUCUUUUGCCCUUUAGAGGACCACGCUUUGCUGGUGGAUUCUCUCAUCCAGGCAAUCUACAACCUCUCCAGGGCUCUCAGCUUGACCAAGGCUCAGAGAGACACGAUUGAGGAGUGUUUGCUGGCCGUGUGCAGUAAACUCCAACCAGCUAUGAUGCAACCUCUUCUUCGGCGUCUUGUCUUCGAUGUUCCCCAUCUCACAGCCAACAGCAAGAUGCCAUUGAAGCUUUUGAGCGCUCACUACGAGCAGAGGUGGAAGUACUACUCACUGGCUGGAGGUCCUGCCGACCACGGUUCGGCCUCCGAAGAGGAGCUCCACCUGUCUAGAAAGUUGUUUUGGGGUGUGUUUAAUGCCCUGCCAAAGAAGCACUAUGAGCCUCAGUUGUUCACACUGUCUGUCCAGUGCCUGGCUGCAGUGGCCACGGCGCUGCCCCCCGACCACAUGGACUCCAGCUGUGUGUCCCGUACAGAGAGGAAAGCCUCGAUGGACACAGAAGGACACUUUGACCCACAGCCUGUGGACACCGCCAAUGUGUCAGUGCCAGAGGGACUCGAGUUUGUCGUCAACAAGUGUGCAGAGCAUACGCACGAGAAGUGGUCACUGGACAAGUUUGCCAACGGCUGGGUCCAUGGGGAGCAACUAUGUGAGAAGACCAAGGUUCAUCCUCUGCUCAAACCUUACAGGGCUCUGGCUGAGAAGGAGAAGGAUGCAUACCGCUGGGCCAUUAAAGAAACAUUAAAGACUAUGCUGGCCUUUGGAUGGACCAUAGAGAGAGCCAAAGAAGGAGAUGCGUUCGGUACCUUUACCUGCACACAAAGGGUAUCCCAGGCCGGACAGCUGUCAUUUGAAGGAGCAUCAACCUUUAGCCCCAAACCGAUGGACAUGAGCAGCAUCACCUUAUCGUGGGACCAGUGUGCUAUGGCUGAACUGUUGGCUGAAAACUACCACAACGCCUGGGCUAAGAGGAAGAAAUUAGACGGAGGGGGUGGCCAUUCAAUGCUUGCACCCUACGACACCCUGUCCGCCAAGGAGAAGACCAAAUUGAGAGAGAGAGCAAAGGACAUCCUCAAGUUCCUUCGGCUCAAUGGCUACACAGUGUGGAGGGAUCGGAGGACGGCGGAGAUGGACUUUCCAGCCAUUGCCAACUGCUUUGGCUACGCCCUCCUCCAACGACUGCUGUCUCACACCGAGGACACCCAAGGGAACAUGUUGGAGUUGGAGGUGAUUCAAGACAGAGGACAGAUGUCUAAAAGAGAGAAAGCUUCACACCAGCAAGCAAUGUUUUUUUUCAAGGUUGUCCUUCCCCUUUUGGAACAAUUUGUAAAGAGCCACUGUCAGUACUUCCUGUCCACUUCCCUGUGCUCAAGAAGCUAUGCGUCAAAAAAGGAAAAGGAGAUGAUUGCGAGCCUCAUCUGUAAGCUCGCAGCUCUGGUGAGACACAGGAUCUCCCUCUUUGGAAACGAGGUGUCAUCAGUUGCAAGCUGCCUACAUGUUUUGUCUCAUGCUCUGGACGCCAGGACAUUGAUGAACUCAGCCCCAGAGUCCAUCCACGUAUCUCUACAUUCGUUCUUUGAGGCAGCCGCAACUGAUCUGGAGAUGACAGUGGAAAACCUGACCUUGGUCUCUUCACCUCAGAGUAGGAAUCAAUCGCCUAGAGGGGCAGCCAAGGUUCUCAGCUUCACAACCUCCGUUCUCCUUCCCACCCUCACGUCCCUCUUUCAGCACCUUGGCAAACAGAACUACGGCGUGGACAUUCUCGUGGGGAAGAUCCAGCUGUCCUGUUAUAGGAUCCUCAACAGCCUCCUCUCCCUUGGCACCAGUAGCAGCUUCUAUGUGGAGGGGCAGCGGCCAGCAGCAGGUGCUUGUCUUGCAGCCUUGGCUGGGACUUUUCCUGUUUGCUUCUUGGAGCCGUCGUUAAACCAAUCCAAUCCGUACUCCAUCUACAACACCAUGACUGCUCCUCAAAGAGAAGACCUGGGACUGCCAGAUGCCGUGGAGGACAUGUGUCCCCUCCUGCCCUCUCUGGAACAGGCCCUGGGGGAAGUGGAGAAGUUUGCAGGCGCCGGCGCCGCAGCUCACCAGGCCCACUACAUGCAGGUCACGGAGGUCACUCUGCCCAUGCUGUGCAGCUACGUGUCCCGCUGGUGGCACGGCGGUCCUGGGGGCCAGCCGGCCAGCGCGAUCUGCAGCGCUGUCACGCCUCAACAUGCCAGUGACCUCCUUGGCCACAUCCUCCGUAUCAUCCACAACCACGUGGGCGCCAGCCAGGGCGAUUGGAUGAAACGGCUGGCAGUUUUUUCUCAGCCAAUCACAUGUAAAGCUGGCUCUGAGCUGUUAAAGAGCCACUUCCUGCCACUGAUGGAGAAAUUGAGGAAGCGGGCCAAAUGUGUGCUGCUGGAGGAGGAGCAGAUGAAAUCAGGAGGGUGUGAUACCUCCGAAGCAGAGUUGCAGAUCCAGGAGAAGUUCACUGUACUGGUGCAAGACCUCUACGCCUUCUAUCCCCUCCUCAUCCCAUUCGUGGAUUCUAAUCGAGCCAGCUGGCUCAAAGAUGUAAACCCUGACGCUGAGCAGCUGUUCGGCAUGGUGGCAGAGGUCUUUACGUUCUGGGCCAAAUCUCAUAAUUUCAAGUGGGAGGAACAGAACUUUGUGGUACAAAAUGAAAUCAACAACUUGGCUUUCUUGGUCAACAGUGACAGAAUGUCAAAGUUUGACCACGAGCAGAGGCGGAUGAAGCGGAAGGGGGAUCGUUAUUCCACACACACAUCUCUCGUCGUGGCCUCCAUGAAGAGGCUGCUCCCCGUGGGACUCGGGCUUUGUUUUCCGAGCGAGCACGGCCUCAUCACGUUCGCCAAGAGCGGCUUCGCUCAGAAGAACAGUCGAGAUGAGAUUCGAGAGCACGUAUUUGAUCGUCUAAUAAAUCUCCACAAUCAGGCGUCAGAUGGCUCGAGGCAGGAAUCCAUUCAUGCAGAACAUCUAAGCCAGUUAAGAGCCGUCUCUGACGCCCAAAAGACUGUAAACAGCAUUCUGGAAAUAGCACAAGUCCUUCAUUACCUCGACCAGGUGGAACAUCCGCAGAGAAGUCAAAAACCUGCGUGGCACAAGGUCUUGUCCAAACAGAGGAAACGAGCAGUGGUGGCCUGCCUCAGGAUGGCUCCCCUCUACAACCUGCCCAGGCACCGAGCUGUCAACCUGUUCCUCCAAGGCUACAAUAAAUCCUGGAUAUCAGCGGAGGACCACAACUUUGAGGAGAAGCUUGUGGAGGAUUUGGCUACGGGAGGAGUGACGGAGCUGUGUGGAGGCGACAGAGAGGAAAAAAAGAAUGUGGAGGAAAGGGCCAAACCGAUCGAUCCUCUCCUACAACUCAUUACACACUUCAGUCGAAGCGCCCAGGUGGAAAGGAGUAAGCCUGAAAAUGAUGGCCUCUACAAGUCCUACGCUACCAUUAUGGCCAAGAGCUGCCACAGAGACGACAACGAUGACGAAGAACAGGAGGUGGAAAGCUUUGAAGAGAAGGAGAUGGAGAAACAGAAGCUGCUGUACCAGCAGGCCAGGCUGCAUCACCGUGGAGCUUCUGAGAUGGUCCUGCAAACCAUCAGUGCUAGCAAAGGAGCCAUUGACUCCAUGAUUGCGCCGACAUUGAAGCUGGGUAUUGCUGUUCUCAACGGAGGGAAUGCUGCAGUUCAACAGAGAAUGCUGGAUUAUCUGAGAGAGAAGCAAGACGUUGGCUUCUUUCAGAGCAUGGCUGGACUCAUGCGGUCGUGCAGCGUUCUGGAUCUGAAUGCAUUUGAGAGGCAGAACAAAGCGGAAGGAUUAGGCAUGGCCACGGACGACAGCUCAGCAGGGAAAGUGAUGCCUGACAAAGACCUAACCUGUGACCUAUUUCGUUAUCUACAGCUGCUUUGUGAAGGACACAACUCAGACUUCCAGAAUUACUUGAGGACACAAACAGGCAACACCACCACCGUGAACAUCAUAAUAACCACUGUGGACUAUUUACUGAGAGUGCAGGAGUCAAUCAGCGACUUCUACUGGUACUACUCCGGGAAGGAUGUGAUCGAUGUACACGGACAGCGAAACUUCUCCAAGGCCAUCGAAGUGGCCAAACAGGUCUUCAACACGCUCACCGAGUACACGCAGGGCCCGUGCAGUGGAAACCAACAGAGCCUGGCCCACAGUCGCCUGUGGGACGCUGUCGUGGGCUUCCUCCAUGUUUUUGCCCACAUGCAGAUGAAGCUUUCUCAGGAUUCAAAACAAAUUGAGCUUCUGAAAGAGCUCAUGGAUUUACAGAAGGACAUGGUGGUGUUCUUGCUUUCCAUGCUGGAAGGCACCGUCGUGAACGGAACUAUUGGAAAGCAGAUGGUGGAUAUGUUGGUGGAAUCAUCGGGCAAUGUGAAGAAGAUUCUCAGGUUCUUUGACAUUUUCCUCAAACUUAAAGACCUCACCUCCUCGGAUGCCUUCAAAGAGUACGACCCCGAUCACAAGGGCUGCAUCUCCAGGAAGGACUUCCAGAAAGCCAUGGAAAAUUGCAAGCGUUUCUCCCAGGCGGAGAUUCCCUUCCUCCUCUCCUGCAUGAAGACAAGUGACAGUGAAAUCGUGGAUUACGAGGUCUUUGUGGAUCGCUUCCACGAGCCGGCCAAAGACAUCGGCUUCAGCAUCGCCGUCCUCCUCACCAAUUUGUCCGAACACAUGCCCAACGAUUCGAGACUCGAGGCCUUCUUGGAACUGGCCCAGUGUGUCCUGACGUACUUCCAGCCCUUCCUCGGCCGCAUCGAGAUCCUCGGCAGCGGGAAACGCAUCGAGCGCGUCUACUUUGAGAUCAGCGAGUCCAGCCGCACGCAGUGGGAGAAGCCGCAGGUGAAAGAGUCCAAGAGGCAGUUCAUUUUCGACGUGAUCACUCAGGGUGGAGAGAAGGAGAAAAUGGAGAUGUUUGUCAAUUUCUGCGAGGACACCAUCUUCGAGAUGCAGCUAGCGGCCCAGAUAUCCGGCUCUGACGCUGGCGAGAGGCACGCUGACGAGGGGGAAGAGCAGAGCGAAGAUGAAGCCGAGGGCAACAAGGGAACGUUCCUCCUGCAUUCUUGGCUGCUGUUGCUGAGUUCUUUGUUUUCUUUCAAAAACCUGAAGGCAUUGAUGAAGAUGACCCUGAAAGAUAUCCUCGUUUCAGCCGCUCUCUUCCUCAGAUUCAUUCUAACGGCUCAGUUGCGGUGCGUUCGCGUCGUGACCGGCAGCAUCUCGAAUGCGCUGUACGUAGCCUUUGUUAGUGGGGGGCUGAUAGAGGGAGCCAAAAGGAUGAGGAUGUCAGACCUGCUCGACGGUAUCCUCGAGCCAACUCUUGAUGAGGUCACGAAGGUGCCAACUGGUGUGGAUCGACUGAGGAGGUACUCUGCCAGUUUCACUUCCCAGAGAGAACUGUGGGAGGCGGGGCAUGUGGCGGCUGUGACCUCCCCCAGGGAGAUGGAUGUACUGUCAGACAUAUUUGGCUUCAAAGUGAAGAAGGAGGGAGGUCAAUACAGACUUAUAACACCCGACCUCACUGCGAGUUUGACCGAUCUGUUCAACCCAACCUCCAAAACGAUCACCGCUACUGAUUUCUCUGAGAAGCAUCGGGGGACGACCCAUUCUGCCGCGGACGAAAAAGAAGAUCAUGAGACAAUACCUGAAGUAAAGGAUGGAAAGGGGAACGAAACUGUGACGAAAACUGAGAAAGAUUCAAGAUGCAAAGUGGAGAGAUGUAAUAAGUCAAAGGAACCAGAGAGCCAACACUCGGCAUUCUGGGAGAUUAUAAUCUCUCAUAACAAAAGCCUGCUGAAUUACUUUGCAAGAAAAUUUUAUCACAUGCGCUUAUUGGCUUUGUUUGUUGCCUUUGCAGUCAACUUCAUCCUUCUCUUCUACAAGGUAGCAUCCUUGCCUACAUCACAAGAAGAGGAAGAAGUCCUCCCAUCUGUCACCAGUGAUGGACUGAACUCAUCCGCUAACGACAAUAACGAGGGCAGCGAUUAUUUUGUGCUGGAGGAGAGCAGCGGAUACAUGGAACCGUCGCUCCGUUUCCUGGCCGUGGCUCACACCAUCAUCUCCUUCUGCUGUAUCAUCGGCUACUACUGCCUCAAGGUACCAUUGGUGAUCUUCAAACGGGAGAAGGAAGUAGCACGAAAGCUGGAGUUUGAUGGGCUGUAUGUGAUUGAGCAGCCCCCCGAGGAGGACAUCAAAGGGCAAUGGGACCGACUGGUCAUUAACACACCAUCAUUUCCAAGUAAUUACUGGGACAAAUUUGUAAAGAAAAAGGUGAUGGACAAGUAUCGUGAUUUUUAUGGCUGUGAGAAGAUUAGUGAACUUCUUGGUUUGGACCAAGCCGGAUUAGACUUUAGCUCUGAGAGAAAAGAGAGGAGGAGACUCCAAAGACAAGCUGCCUGGAGUACUCUAUUCAACUCCAUUGACGUGAAGUACCAGGUCUGGAAACUGGGAGUUGUGUUCACUGAUAAUUCCUUCUUGUACUUGGCCUGGUACAUGGCCAUGUCCGUUCUGGGUCAUUACAACAACUUCUUCUUCGCUGCCCACCUGUUGGACAUCGCCAUGGGCUUCAAGACUCUUCGUACCAUCCUCUCCUCUGUCACACACAACGGGAAACAGCUGGCCCUCACGGUGGGCCUGCUGGCGGUCGUGGUGUAUCUCUACACCGUCGUGGCGUUCAACUUCUUCAGGAAGUUUUACAACAAGAGUGACGACGAGGACGCCCGAGACAUGAAGUGCAACGACAUGCUUACCUGCUACAUGUUCCACAUGUAUGUGGGGGUGCGUGCGGGCGGGGGCAUCGGGGACGAGAUCGAGGACCCUGCCGGAGACGCGUUCGAGGUGGAGCGCAUCGUCUUUGACAUCACGUUUUUCUUCUUUGUCAUCGUCAUCCUGCUGGCGAUCAUCCAGGGCUUGAUUAUUGAUGCCUUCGGGGAGCUCCGUGACCAGCAGGAGCAAGUGAAAGAGGAUAUGGAGACCAAAUGUUUUGUAUGUGGAAUAGGAAGUGAGUACUUUGACUCAGUCCCUCACGGCUUCGAGACGCACACUCUGCAGGAGCACAACUUGGCCAACUACCUAUUUUUUCUGAUGUACCUCAUUAACAAGGAUGAAACGGAACACACAGGGCAGGAAUCCUACGUGUGGAAAAUGUACCAGGAGCGCUGCUGGGAAUUCUUCCCCGUGGGCGACUGUUUCCGUAAGCAAUAUGAAGAUCAACUGGGGUGAGAUGUGAAUCCGUCACAGAUCGAGGCAUCACACUGAAGCCCUCCUCAUCGAUGCCUUCCUAAUCACUAAACCAGCUUUUGUGUGUGCACUAUUCAAUUUGGACGGAUUUUCCCACAAAGUGUAUAUACACAAACCAAUAUUCCUACAGUACUAGUUAGUGUUUACACAUUAAAUGUAUUAAAUCAAAAGGAAUAAAGAAUGUGGGCCACAUUAUGUGUCCUGACACGAAACGAG